CCAGCCACUUCCUGUUCAGCAGGAGUGGCAGGAAUUGCGCCCCAUCAUUGGUUGGGGGGGGGGAGGAAUAGUGCCCCAUCGUUGGUGUCAGGGGGGGGGGGAGGAAUAGUGCCCCAUCGUUGGUGUCAGUGGGGGGGGAGGAAUAGUGCCCCAUCGUUGGUGUCAGUGGGGGGGGAGGAAUAGUGCUGUCCCCAUCGUUGGUGUCAGUGGGGGGGAGGAAUAGUGCCCCAUCGUUGGUGUCAGUGGGGGGGAGGAAUAGUGCCCCAUCGUUGGUGUCAGUGGGGGGGAGGAAUAG